UAACAUGGCAGAUGCUAAAACCUGCUGGCUUGGAGCAGCCUCCUCUCUCACCCUUUUCUUUGUUCUAAUCUGUUGUGUUGAUGCAGCUUCAAUCGAACCUUAUCAGCUGCUUCAGAAAAACCCAGACUACUUAGUGAAAAAUUUACAAAGGCUCCCAAGCCCAGAUAUGAUCAAAGCCUUGGAAUAUAUCGAAAAUCUCCGCAAACAAGCUAACAAGGGAGAAAAUGGCCCAGAUUACAAUUUCUAUCAAGGUGCCCCAUUUCUUCUGCAGCAGAAAGAAAGCAAAGAUCAGAGCCACCUAGCAGAUAAUAUAAGAGAUUCUUUGACUGAAGAUGAGUCACAAUGGGUUAGGUCAAUGUUGGAAGCCUUGAGGCAAACAGAAAAAGAGUCAAAGGCUGGAUCAAAAGAAAAUAAACCAUAUACUAUGAGUUCAGAUAACUUUCCAGCUGGCGUGAGUGAUGAUUAUGAGGCUUAUAAGUGGCCUGAGAGACGACACAAAUAUGUCAAAAUGCCACAUGUACAUGAUGAAGAAAGUUCAAGAGACAGUCCUUUCAAGCGCACCAAUGAAAUAGUAGAAGAACAAUAUACACCCCAAAGCCUUGCUACUUUGGAGUCUGUCUUUCAGGAGCUGGGGAAGAUGACAGGACCAAAUAAUCACAAAAAAGAGAGGCUGGAUGAGGAUCAGAAAUUGUACACAGAAGAUGAAGAUGAUGUAUAUAAAGUGAAUAAUAUUGCUUAUGAAGAUGUAGUGGGAGGAGAAGACUGGAAUCCAAUAGAGGAAAAAGUGGAAAGCCAAACGCAAGAAGAGAUAAAAGAUCAUAAAGAGGAAAUUGAUAAAAAUGAAGAAGUGAUUGAUGAUGAAAUGAAGAGAUCAGGGAAACAAGGCUUCCUGGAGGAUGAAAUGGGGAGAGACAGUAAAGAUCAAAUGUCAGAUGACAUUACAAAGCUAAUGAAUUAUUAUCUGAAGAGGCUGAUGAGCAAUAUUGGAAAUGGCAGGUUAAGGACUGGACAUGAAGAAAAAAGGGCAGGUACAUUUUUGGAAAAACUUGAUCCUCAGUCUAUCUCUCAACUAAUAGAAAUCUCAAGGAAUUUACAAAUCCCACCAGAGGAUUUACUAGACAUGUUGAAAACUGGAGAAAAGCAGCAGCAGAGUGAAAGGGUGGAGACAGAGCAAGAACCAGAGCUCCCAGAAGAUCUUGAGGAUGACAUCUCUGAAACAAAUCUAGACCACAUAGAUAGAUUUAAAAAUAAAAUGAACCCUAAAAAUGGUUACAUGAAGCAGCCAAUUAAUGUUAUGCCAGAUAAUCUACCUGAAGACCUCAAUAUUGAAGAUAUUGUCAAUCUUUUAGGGACUGAUAAUUUAGCUAAUCAGAAAACCUCCUACUUUGUAAAUCAGCUUAAUGAAGAGAACAGUUUGCCAAGACUUUCCUACAUUCCCAGAAGACCUAAAGGAUAUCAACUUCCUAAAACUGCUUGGAUUAAUGAUUUGGAAAGACGACAAAUGGAAUACGAAAAACUAAAUGAAAAAGAUGAAGAACUAGCAGAUUACUUGGCAAAUAUGUUGGCAAAAUACCCUGAAGUUAUCAAUACAAACCAGCUGAAACGUGUUCCAGUCCCAGUUUCAUCUGAAAAUGAUCAACAGGAAGACGACCAGCUUGAGCAAGCAAUCAAAGAACAUCUAAAUCAGCUGGGACCACAAGAAUCUGAUAAACUAGCCUCGCUCAGCAAAAGGCUGUCCAUGGCCCGGGAGAAUGACGACACACAAAACAGGCAGUAUCUGGAUGAAGAUAUGCUAGUGAAGGUGCUAGAGUACCUAAACCAGGAGCAAUCAGACAAAGGAAGAGAUCACAUUACUAAAAGGGCAAUGGAAAAUAUGUAAUUGUUACCCAAAUAUAAUUUUUCUGCAAUGUUUUGAUUUUUACCCCAGUUCAUUUGUGAUUUCCCCCCCAAACAACUUGCAGUUACCAUUGAACAGUCUGCAUAACUUUCUCAGAGCUGUUAUUGUUUAUGGAUAUACAUAUAUGUUAUAAAUCUUGGAUCAAGUAACAAAUUGGUUCAAUUGUUUUAA